CACCCUACAUUCACAAUCUCUCAAGCAUGUCAGAAUUAGUGCCUCCGGUGCUAUCAACGGCACAAGACGCCACAGUAUUUGAGUUCUCCCAGACCCAGAAAACUGCCGGCGCUCGAAGCUAUCUGGGGCCUGUUCCCGAUAUAUCAGAAAAGAGUCUGCGAGAGGUCCUCAGAGACUAUUACUCUGUGGACAAAUUAGUGGACUUUCUGAGGCAGAAAGAUGACCAGAACAAACCCAAGUACAAGCGCAUUGCGCUGCAGUUUCCAGACUCGCUGAUCGCAGACUCAUCGAUCGUUCUACAAAUGAUCCAGGAACAACUUGAAGACGCACGUGACAAGAGUCACGCGACAUCGCCGAGCCGAGACAUCGAGGCCGUGUGGAUUCUAGCGGACACGUCGUACUCGCCGUGCUGCAUUGACGAAGUGGCCGCCGAGCACGUUUUCGCCGACCUAGUGGUGCAUUUUGGCGACGCAUGUUUGAACCCGGUCGACAAGCUCAGCGCUGCGUACGUUUUCGGCAAGCCAUACCUGGACACAGCAAAGGUGCUUGCUGCGUUCAAGGAAACAUACUCGCCAGGCGACAAAGUGAUUUUAAUGGCCGACACGUCGCACACGCUCUAUUUGAAAGAAUUGUACGAAAAACUGUCUGGGGAUUAUCAAGUGGGUUAUGCAGAGCUAGACCUGGAGCGGAGCCGUGCAGCGAUAAUUGAUCACACGACGCACAGUCACAAGGGAACGGCGCUGGCCUCGCGAAUCGUCCACUACGACGGCCCGCUGGACGAGUGUGCCCUGUUCCAUAUCACGCAGCCUGAAGACCCACGGCUGCUUUAUUUGAGUACGCAGUUCUCCAGCAUGGCCGUCUACGACGUAAACUCGGGCACUGUGAGUUUUGGCCCAUUCCCGUCGCUGAUGCAGCGGUAUAGAGCGAUGCACAUGACCAGAAACGCGGGCACGAUCGGCAUUCUCAUCAACACGCUCUCCCUGGCGAACACGCGGACGCUGCUCAACAAGGUGAUCAAGUGGGUGCGGCAGGCGGGCAAGAAACACUAUAUGUUUGUUGUGGGGAAGCCGAACGUGGCGAAGCUGGCCAACUUCGAGAGCGUGGACGUGUGGUGUAUUCUCGGUUGCGGCCAAUCGGGCAUUAUUCUGGACAAGUACGGCGAGUACUAUAAGAACAUUGUGACGCCGUACGAGCUGCAAUUAGCGCUGAAGCGGGAGAUCACGUGGACCGGCCAAUGGAUCACGGACUUCGAGGCAGUGAUGGAACAGGAAAGCGAGCACGAGGACUCGGACCACGGCGACGACGGGUACGUGCCGGAGUUCAACCCUGUAACGGGCCAAUUGGCCGCAUCGAAGCCGCUGCGACAGAUUAGACAUCUGGAAGUGGAGCUGGGGGCCCCAGAAACGGGAGGAUCAGACGGCCAGUUGGUGAGUCGGUUCUCCAACACGCUAAGCAUCAAAAACACGGUCAGCACGUCCGCGAAUUAUCUGCAAACGAGGGCAUGGACCGGACUAGGCAGCGACUUUGGCACAGAGGAGCUGGACGGUGCUCUCGUUGAGGAGGGCAGGAUGGGAAUUGCCCGUGGAUACGAUUAUGACAAGGAAAUAAAUAAUAACUAA